CCCACCCAUGGGCUGCGUGUACGGCCGCCCGUCCGCCGCCUGCACACCCAGCCCCGACCGCCGCGCCGCGUCCCAGCCACAGCACAAGGCGGAUGCCUCCUCUGCUGCCGCGGCGGCGGCGGGGGAGGCCGGCGAGAAGGUCGACCAGCCAGCCGCCGCCGCCGCCGUCGCCGCGCCGGUGAAGCGGGAGCGGCGGUCGCGGUCGUCGCGGCACGGCCCGCCGGAGGCCCGGCUCGGGGGCAGCUUCGCCAACAAGGCGCGCGGCGAGCAGGUCGCCGCCGGCUGGCCCGCCUGGCUCUCCGCCGUCGCCGGCGAGGCCAUCAACGGCUGGACCCCGCGCCGCGCCGACUCCUUCGAGAAGAUCGACAAGAUCGGGCAAGGCACGUACAGCAACGUGUACAAGGCGCGGGACUCGGUGAGCGGCAAGAUCGUGGCGCUCAAGAAGGUGCGCUUCGACAACCUGGAGCCGGAGAGCGUGCGGUUCAUGGCCCGGGAGAUCCUCAUCCUGCGCCGCCUCGACCACCCCAACGUCAUCAAGCUCGACGGCCUCGUCACCUCGCGCAUGUCAUGCAGCCUCUACCUCGUCUUCGACUACAUGGUGCACGACCUCGCAGGCCUCGCCGCCAGCCCCGACAUCAAGUUCACCCUGCCCCAGGUCAAGUGCUAUGUGCACCAGCUGCUGUCGGGGCUGGAGCACUGCCACAACCAGGGGGUGCUGCAUCGCGACAUCAAGGGCUCCAACCUGCUCAUGGACGACCAUGGCGUGCUCAAGAUUGGGGACUUUGGCCUGGCAUCCUUCUUCGACCCCAACCAUAAGCAGCCGAUGACCAGUCGGGUGGUCACUCUGUGGUACCGGCCGCCAGAGUUGCUGUUGGGUGCCACGGAUUACGGAGUGGGUGUCGACUUGUGGAGCGCCGGAUGUAUCCUUGCUGAGUUGCUGGCUGGGAAACCUAUUAUGCCGGGACGGACCGAGGUGGAACAGUUGCAUAAGAUAUUUAAGCUAUGCGGAUCCCCCGCUGAAGAAUAUUGGAAAAAAUCGAAGUUGCCGCAUGCAACCAUAUUUAAGCCCCAGCAGCCAUACAAAAGGCGAAUAGCAGAUACAUUCAAAGACUUUCCGCAAUCAGCACUUCGGCUGAUCGAAACACUUCUCUCAAUUGAUCCUGCUGAUCGUUUAACAGCAACUGCUGCAUUGAAUAGUGAUUUCUUUAAAACGGAACCUCAUGCUUGUGAUCCAUCAAGUCUACCCCAGUACCCACCAAGCAAAGAGAUGGAUGCAAAACGAAGAGAUGAAGAAGCUAGACGUUUAAGAGCUGCUGGUAAUAGACCUAAUGGUGAUGGAGCUAGGAAGACAAGGACACGUGAUCGGCCUCGGGCUGUUCCAGCACCAGAGGCAAAUGCUGAACUCCAAGUAAACAUUGAUAAAAGAAGGCUAAUAACGCAUGCAAAUGCGAAGAGCAAGAGUGAAAAGUUCCCUCCACCACAUCAGGAUGGAGCAAUCGGAUAUCCGUUGGGUUGUUCAAAUCACAUGGAACCUACAUUUGAACCCCCAGAUCCAUCUUCGUUUAGCACCGUAUUUCCUUACGAGAAGGGUUCCGUGCCUACUUGGUCUGGACCAUUGGCUGACCCUUCUGCAGGUAAGCAGAAGCGGAAACACAAGUCUGGCCGCUCUUCGAAACAACCAUCGACUGCCCGUGCCCGAUAACGCCCCUGCCCCAUAAUACGUCCUUUGAUGAUUGGUGCAUAAGAGUUCUUCAAUACUAAAAGUUACUGGGGAGAAGUUGCUGGAAGCUGUGAUAUCUGAUUUACAGUCGAGGCGAGCAGCAAUUAAUUUUAUCAAAGAUCCAUGAAUUCAUUUCCAUGUACGGAUUCUUUUCGAACAGCAGUGUAUAGAUCGGAGAGGGAGCUCAGUUAGUCAAAUCAUGUACAUUAGGUUCUCAUUUUCCAUUCUUAUAAGCAGAUAUAUGUCAUGUUAGAUUCUUUUCGGUGAGUAAUGGAAUUUUCAGAUCAACCUGGCA